CAUGGUGGACAAAACAUUUUUGGUUGGAAUGUUUGGUUUUACAAAACACAAAUGUAGCCUGAUUCACAGCCAUAACAUGCAGCAUCUCAGAUAGAUUCAGUCUACUUAUACUGUUAUAAAUAAAUGACACGCCAUAAAUUAUGUGUCAAAUGACAGACAAGUGAAAGAUAAAUUUUAAUUUUGAACUUGAAGAGAUAUUUUAUGAGCAGACUUCAGACUGUCACUAUUAUACUAUUAUUUCACUCUGAGUGUCUGUUUGUGGGUGCUAGUUAUGUACACCUACAAUAAGCCAAGAAAUCGCCAACAAUUUGUCAGAGAGGGCUGAUCUUGUCAUACUGUGACAGCUGCUGUGUGUCUCAUUGCACCAUCAACUCUUUCAUUACAACUAGCUCCUCCUAACUCUGCUUCCACUAACACAAAGGAGAAACCUUUUCAGCUGACUGCAGCGGUGAGUGACAACAACACUGUAGUGUUCCGUCAGACUCAUUCCACGGACAGCAUGAGGCGCUUCAACCAACCCCAUGACUUCAACAUCAACAACCUGGCAGAUAUGCGAUCAAAACAAAAAGUUCCCAUUCAUUACCGUAGCAACAAGAAGUUGAUUUCACCAUCGGCCGUCACUGGACAUGACCAUGGAGCUGAAGAUGAGGAUGAGGAUCCUUCAGGGCUAAGACAUCCCCACAGUGCAAACUACCCCCCAAAACAGGCCCUCAAGACGGCUCCCUUCUUACCAGGAGACAAGGUGAUAUUUGCUGAGAGUCCGUCGGCGCCAGGAGUUCCUGUUGUGUAUCGGACUCCAGAAGAACGAGCAGCCAAUCCUGACAGACUUAACCUAGACAGGCGGAAGCUGCACGUGUGUCCGAUCCUGGAGGGCGAGGAACAGCUGCGGCUGCUGAACUACCAGCACAACCAGAUCUCACGCAUCCAGUACCUGGGCACACUCAAACGCCUCAUCUUCCUCGACCUCUACGACAACAACAUCGACGAGAUCAAUGGACUGAGUGCACUCCGGUCUCUCCGCGUCCUCAUGCUCGGCAAAAACAGAAUAAAGAAGAUCGAAAAUCUGGAUAGUUUAAGUAAACUGGAUGUACUUGACCUUCAUGGAAACCAGAUCAGUGUGAUAGAGAAUCUGAACCACCUGAUGGAGCUGCGUGUGUUGAAUCUGGCUGGUAACAACAUCCGCGAAGUCGACAACCUCACCGGCAUGGACGCACUCGCCGAACUCAACCUGCGGCGCAAUCGAAUACGAGUCGUCAUGGAUAUUGAUUCAUUACCAAAUCUUCAGAGGCUGUUCCUCAGUUUCAAUGAAAUUUCAAGUUACGAGGACAUCUCGUGUCUGGGUGAGACCCACAGCCUGUCUGAGAUCUCGCUGGAUGGGAACCCCAUCAGUCAGGACCAGUACUACAAACAGGUCAUCCUCCGCCACAUGCAGCAGCUCAAACAGCUCGACAUGAAGAGAGUCACUGAAGAAGAAAGACGAGUUGCCCUUGUGAUGGGACGAAAGAGUGAGGAGAGGAAGAGAGAACUCAACAAGCAGGCCAUCAUGAAAGAGAAGAGGAGAAUUGCCAUCAACAAUGCUAAACGUCAGUGGGAGACGAUGCAGGGACCUCUGCUACAGAAGACGAGCAAGCUGGUGCCCAUGUCGAGUGUUCACGGAGACCUGUAUGCCAGGCACCUAGGCACUGUGUCCAACACCACAGAGUACCUGGUGCCCAGCUCUCACUACAGAGACUGUGACGGAGAAGACACUGACUCACAGGCCAGUGAAAAACGAGGUGGAAGUCGACCGUGUAGUGCCAAGAGUAGCUCCACGACGGAGUUAUCUAUCGACAGUCAGCGGGAACGAUCGCGCUCCAGCAAUCGCCGUGUAGACACCACGCGCAACACGAACCAGCACAAGGAAAUCUUACUGUUUGGUCAGUCGGACAACCAAGGUGGAGGUGAACUGAGCGAUGUGGCUCACCUGGAUGGCGAUACACUCAGUCUGUACGGUCCACCGUCUCUGAGUGCCCUCGACAAAAACUGGGGGAUCCAGGCGGCCGGGGCCAUCACGGUGAUCAACUUCAAGUUUAUUGACUUCGACAACAUCGUCAAGCAGCUCCCCAAACUACGCACAAGAUAUCCAAGUGUGCAGACACUGAUCUUCAGCUCGACAAACAUCUGGAGUCUGCAGCAGAUCAACGCUCUGGCCAGCAUCCGACGUCUGGACAAUCUGACCAUCGACCUGGAUGGGAAUCCAGUCACCAAGUUCACACUGUGGCGCAUGUACACGAUAUUCCGUCUGGCACACUUUGCCCUUAAGAAGAUCAACGGCAUUGAGGUGUCUCCCACCGAUAUUGUGAAUGCAGAGAAACUGUUUGGACCGCUGUCUUUCAUCGUCGGCUUCAAGUUGCCGCAGUCACAUGUGAAACCCAUCCUGGACGUCAGAAAGAAAACUUCAUCGUGCUCAAAUGAGGAAAAGCCACGCAAAGCUUUGGAAACAAAACAAGGGGAGAGAAUUCAGCUAGAACUGGAGGGAAGAGCUCGUCUGACAUAUCAGCCGGUAACUGGAGACCAGGCUGUGAAACCUCAGGAUCAUGAUGCAAAGAGAGAAUUUCCUCGCAGCUAUGUCAAUGAAUUGACCAGGGAGGCUGUGUUUUCUGAUCGCAAACGUGCAGAACUACAAAAAAUUUGGCCACAGUUGUUUUUCGAAAUGGUUCAGUCGGCCAUUAUGGACAUGUCCGAUAUGAACGCCUAUAAGAAACGGUGCAUGGAGGAUUUAGAACGGACGUAGCAGCAUCAGUUUGAGAGUAUCUUGUCCUGUUCUUAUAAAACUGUUUAAAGUCUAGACCAAAGGCCUCAUUAAAGGCUUGGUAAUACAAGAAAUAUAUAUAGUUAGAAGUAUGGAGAUUUUAUUGAAGUCUCGAGUCCAGACUAGAUCUCAUCAGAAUCACAUUUUGCUUUUGAAUGAAUGUUAUAGUAAUCCAAUGCCAUGUUGAAUCAUGCUGGGUUUUUGUGUACCAAAAUGAUUGCAUCAUUGUUGAUUGAACACCAAAAGGGUACAUUAUAAUGCAGUUAUAUCAUAGGGGCUCAACAGCAUAUGGUUCACAGCUUUCAAGACAGGAUAUCUUGUUCAAGCUAAUGUUGAACAUACUCAAUAUUUGGAGUCCAGUUGUGUUGGUAAAACUGUCUGGAUCAUUUCUUCGUUGGUGCCUCAAGGCUUGUCAAACAACAGGGUAUAAUACAGUGUUCAGGAUUCUGCCUCCUAGUAGACAUUCUUCAGAGGUGGAAAUAACACACUGUUUACUGUAGUAUUAUAAUUAGCAAUUGGCAGUAUGAUCAGGAGCACAGUACUGGACAGAAAUAUUGAGUGUCGGUCUGAUCCGGCCUGCAUUGACCAGUGUGGACAUAAACCAGUUUUACGAUAUAAUACAGUGGGUUGAUGCAAAAUGCUCCUGCUAAACAAGACUAAUGAAUUUGUGUUUCACUUAUUGGAAGAUUACUGGACUCUGGUACAAGAGGAUCGCUGGUUCGAAUCUUCAAAGUGGAAACAAGUUGUAACCAAAGUUACAGUAUAUUCAAAAACCACAAAAGUGCAACAAAUAAAAAGAAAGCUUAAUAUCUCAUUGUGCACGUUUCUGGAAUUAAUCUCAAUCAUCAGUAGCAAUCAUCAGAGAAGUGUUGUGUAGAUACUGUAGAAUAUUAUUCUUGUACACUUGUUAGAGAUCUUGUUUUAGGUUGUACACUGUGUGAAAAACUUCAUAAAACUGUGAAUCGGUGAUCUUGUAGUACGCAAUAAUAAGGAAAGACUAACUUCGAUGUUCUAAAUGGCAGCAUAUCAUCAUUAGGAUUGCAUACAUUAACAUUUCAGAAACCAGUUUGUGGACUACAUGUACCUCAGUCACUAAUCAUGUGGCAGUGUGGAAACUAUGUGUAUAUGAGAUGUAAUAAAUGACUUCAUCAUCAUCUUUCCACUAUAAGGCAACAUUACAGAAAUCUGUUACUUUUACCGUUUGAAACUGUGAUCAUUUGUAAGUUUAUACACAAAAAUGUGGAAAACUACAUAAAGACUAAUAAAUGAUGGUAUAAUUGCUA